GCGGCUCCUCCUCGUCGCGAACUCUCGGUAACCUUGGCCAGGUCGCUUUAAUCCUCUGAGCCGGCAGCUUGGUCUGUAAAAUGGGGCUCCUAAGCCCUGCGUCCAACGUGGGCCGUUUUGAGGUUCAGUGGCGGGAACCCCUCAGGGUGCCUGGAGUCCCGGGCGGUUUGCCACCUCGGGUGAGAGAAAGGGCUUCCUGGCUGUCAUGUUGUCCCGGGCCUGGCGUGGAGUGGGGCGGGGAGGCCCUCAUUUUUCUGUUUAAGAAAACCCAGACUGUUACGAAGUCGUUGCAAAACUUUGGUUUAACGCAGGACAGUGGAGACUUUAGGAAGGGGGCCCUGGCUGAGAUGAGCGUCGUGGAGACCCCCCCCCCCCACCUCUGGCCUGCUUGUCCAUUGGUGCCCGCACUCGGGUUCACCCUCCGUGGUGGCCAGAAAGAGGCCCUCAGCUUUUAAAGAAUUCGUAUGUGUAUAUCCUGUUGUUUGCUAAGACCCCUCCCACCCACGUAGAAGAAUUUGGUGCUGACCACGCAAGUUCAGUGCCUGUCCCUGUGAGGUCCCCGCGAACCGUGGAAUCAGUCAGCUCUGCGGUUGUCCAGUUGUGUUUGAGCUCGGAUAUGGAGCAAGUCGUGGCGUCAUAGCCAUUUUGGGCAGUGGUGUGGGAUCUCAGGAACCCUCCCUAUGGUGGCGAGCAUGCCGUUGCCCAUGCCUUGACCUUGCUGCCCGUCUAUGGACAUGGCCCACCGGGGUGGGGAGAGGGACUUCCAGACUUCAGCUCGGCGCAUGGGCACCUCGCUGCUCUUCCAGCUUUCAGUGCACGAACGGGAGCUGGACCUGGUUUUUCUGGAUCAUAGCUAUGCUAAGCCGUGGAGUGCCCACCCCGACGCCAGUAGUGCCCGCCCCACACGCAUGCUCUUUGUUACUCCCCGGCGACAGCACGAAACCACCAUUGAAUCAGACGCCCCAAUAGAUGUGGAGACCAUCACGUCCACCCCUGUUCCACUCUAUGACAACCAGAAGGCUCGCAGCGUGAUGAACGAGUGUGAGCGGCAUGUCAUCUUCGCCAGGACAGACGCGGAUGCCCCUCCGCCUCCUGAGGACUGGGAGGAGCAUGUCAACAGGACUGGCUGGACAGUGGCCCAGAACAAGCUAUUCAACAAGACCCUCAAAGCCCUGCAGUGUGAUCGGCUUGCCCGCCUGGCCAAUGAAGGGGCUUGUAAUGAGCCAGUGCUGCGCCGUGUUGCCGUGGACAAGUGUGCGAGGAGAGUGCGACAGGCACUGGCAAGUGUAAGCUGGGACACCAAGCUGAUCCAGUGGCUACACACCACCCUCGUGGAGACCUUGAGUCUGCCCAUGCUGGCAGCCUACCUGGAUGCUUUGCAGACGCUGAAAGGGAAGAUCCCGACCUUGAUUGACCGAAUGCUUGUGUCCUCCAACACGAAGACUGGGGCUGCGGGAGCCGAGGCCUUGUCCCUCCUCCUGAAGAGGCCCUGGGACCCUGCUGUAGGGGUGCUUUCUCAUAAUAAGCCAAGCAAACUCCCGGGCUCUCCUCUCAUUCUCAUCGCCUCCUCUGGCCCCUCCAGCUCCGUGUUUCCCACCUCGCGCCGCCACCGCUUCUGGCAGUCUCAGCUCUCCUGCUUAGGCAAGGUCAUCCCUGUAGCCACCCAUUUACUGAACAAUGGCAGUGGGGUAGGCGUUCUGCAGUGUCUUGAGCAUAUGAUUGGGGCAGUGAGAAGCAAAGUGCUGGAGAUCCACAGCCAUUUUCCACACAAACCUGUUAUCUUGAUUGGUUGGAACACAGGAGCUUUGGUGGCUUGUCACGUGUCAGUGAUGGAGUAUGUCACUGCAGUUGUAUGCCUUGGGUUUCCUCUGCUCACUGUGGAUGGCCCCAGAGGGGAUGUGGAUGAUCCACUCUUGGAUAUGAAGACUCCAGUCCUCUUUGUCAUUGGUCAGAAUUCCCUGCAGUGUCACCCUGAAGCCAUGGAGGACUUCCGGGAGAAGAUUCGGGCUGAGAACAGCUUGGUGGUGGUUGGGGGCGCUGAUGAUAAUCUCAGAAUAAGCAAAGCAAAGAAGAAAUCAGAAGGUUUGACUCAGAGCAUGGUGGACAGAUGUAUUCAGGAUGAAAUUGUGGACUUCCUGACUGGGGUGCUCACUCGCACUGAGGGGCACGUGGGCUCGGAGCCUCGGGAUCAGGAUGCUGAGAAGAAGAAGAAGCCUCGUGAUGCCACGCGUCGAGACCUGGCCUUUGAAGUCUCCGAGCGGGGCAGCCGACCUGCUUCCCCUGCCGCCAAGCUGCCCGCUUCACCCUCGGGCUCAGAGGAUCUCUCCAGUGUGUCCAGCAGCCCCACCUCCAGUCCCAAGACCAAAGUGGCCACAGUCACCUCUGUCCAGAAGUCCAGUCAGAUUGGCAGCUCUCAGCUGCUCAAGAGACACGUCCAGCGGACAGAGGCUGUGCUGACCCACAAACAAGCCCAAGUUCCUAUUUCAUCAGAACCAACAGAGGAGGCAGAGAAAGAAGAUCUUCGGGUCCAGCUGAAGCGACACCACCCCUCCAGUCCUCUGCCUGGCAGUAAGACCUCCAAGCGACCAAAGAUCAAGGUGUCCCUUAUUUCCCAAGGGGACACUCCUUCCCAAGGAGGAGGUGCUGAAGCUUCAGGAGGGAAACCCAUAACCAUGACACUGGGGCAGUCUUCAGCAGGGACCAAGGAGCUCACUGGACUCCUCACCACAACCAGGUCCAGUGCUUCUGAAGGUGGAGUCACAGCCGGCCCAGCCCCUUCGGUGGUCUCCAACAGUACCACACCCAGCACUUUGCACACACUCCAGAGCCGUUUGGUGGCCACUUCUCCAGGCAGCUCCCUCCCAGGGGCCACAUCAGCCAGCAGCCUCCUCCAAGGCCUCAGCUUCAGCUUGCAGGAUAUCAGCAGCAAGACAUCUGGCCUCCCUGCAAAUCCUUCCCCAGGGCCAGCUCCACAGGCCACCAGUGUGAAGUUGCCCACCCCCAUGCAGAGCCUGGGUGCCAUCACCACGGGCACCAGCACCAUUGUCCGUACCAUUCCUGUGGCCACCACUCUCUCCUCCUUGGGUGCCACUCCUGGUGGGAAGCCCACAGCCAUCCACCAGCUGCUGACCAAUGGGGGCCUCGCUAAGUUGGCAAGCAGCCUCCCUGGCCUGGCUCAGAUCUCUAACCAAGCUUCAGGCUUGAAGGUCCCCACCACCAUCACUCUGACUCUGCGUGGCCAGCCGAGCAGAAUCACCACGCUGAGCCCUAUGGGUUCAGGAGCAGCCCUGUCUGAGGAGCCCACCUCCCAGGUGCUGCCCUCCAGCUCCCAGUACCCACUGUUUCAGCCAAGCCUUGCUGUGUGUGGCAAGUGCUGUGCAGCCUGUAUGACUGAAGACCUUGCUGUCCCACGUCUCCUGGGAGUGGGAUUGGACUCUACUGCCAGCGCCUGCCUCCAGCACCCUGAAGAUGCUGUGUGAUGUGUCCUCCUUACCGGUUGGUGAUGGCGGCCUCAUGGUGGGCCCUGGACGCAUAUGUGGUCCUGCUGAGCUGUCCAGGUGUCUGAAGACCUCUUUAAGAUGGUCAUUUUUGCUUUCUGCCAACUGUCUUCAGGCUGGGCCUCUGGGUCUUGUGGAACGUCGGGCUGAGAGAUGUCAUGCCAGUCAGGGGAACGCCCCCCCUCCAGGAUCUGCAAGUCUGGUUCCUUCAGUCUCCAGCGUCUUCAGUAGAUCGGGCUGUGUGUGGGUCACAGGCACACCUUCCCUCCAUCAGCUGUGAUUUGACCAAAGUGUCACUGUUGGGCUGCACCUGAUAAUGGAGUGUCCUUUUGGAAUGCUAUCCUGCCGCUGCACCCUGUUGGGAGGAGAGAGCCACGUGGUCUGGGCCACAGGAGUAGUUAUAACUGAGAACUGGGAUCAUCCGGGCCCACCAGCUGCUGGGUUUUGAACAUCAUCAUCCCCUUCACUGGCAGCCAUGGGAAACUCCCUCUUAGAAACCACGUCAGAUGCUGAGUGGCCUGCUGCGCCCUGAGAGUUCUCUGUCUCUGGCAGCUUUGUAAUGAAGGCAAGGAGAACUGGACUGUCAUCCUUCAGCCCUUUGGCCACUGUAGAUGUGGCAAGCAGUGGUCACCAGGAGGUGAAAGUGGACCCCUUUCUGUUUUUCACCAUGCUGUGGGCAGUGCCUGUGCCCAGAGAGCCUGCAGGUCCGGAAGGGCUGAAGAAGAGGAGUGCGAGAGCAGAGGCAGUUGCUGGCAGAUUGUGCCAAGGAGCCCUUGCUAGGAACAACUAGGGCGUGGGACUUGAUUGUUGCACCUGAGGAACUGGUGAAGCUGGAAAUGAGAAGUAGAGUUUUCCAAGUCAAAGGGAAGAAACUCCAACCCUUGAAAGUCCCGUCUCCAGGGCCUGGAGGUAAAGCAGGGACAGACGGCUGAGCUAACGUCCUGGCUGGCUCAGGAAGCCGAGGGCAUCCAGACAGAGGCUACACUUGGAUGUUUCUGUUUGUAUUCUGUGUAACUUUUUCUCUUCCUCUUUCAAAGUGGGAAGAUUGUUGGCAAUGACUCUACUGUGUAGGGCUCUUGGUGCCAGCCUAAGCCCUGUAAGUUAUGGUGCCUGGAAGAGGGGUCACUGAGGAACCCUGACCCCGCCCCCUUACCUAUUCACAACACUGUACACAGAGGUAGUUUUAGGUUUGCUUUGAGCCUGUCCCCUUGAGCACAGCCUCUUUCCUUCCAUACUGAGAGUGUUUCCAGUCAAGGUGAUAGGUAAAGCAGCCCCAGUGUGGCUCUGUUUUCUACAUGAUGCAGGCCCACAGUAUGGCUCAAAUUGCAGUCCAGGGUUCUGACCCACAGUGCAGUAUGUAUCUACUUCAGGCUACCUGUGUGCAGCCCAGGGGCCUCACCUGUGGUCUGAGGGGCAGCUAGGAAGAGGGAAUGAGCAGAGGAGUCUCAGGCAGGUCAGGGUGUGAAGGCCAGGUUGGGGAUCUGUGUGAUGGGAUGGAGGGGGACUGGUACACCACACCUUCCUUCCCUGACCUUUAGAGCUGGUCUCUGCAGUGACUCACACAGAAUUAGGCUGCAUUUUUGAAUUAGCUGGUAAGUAACUGCUUUCUGAAAUUCAGGAGGCAUUAGUGAAUUUGAGGAAGAUAUGAAAUCUGAAAGAAACAUCCAGGGCUCAAGGGUUUGAUAGCUUUAUAGGUAGGAUCAUAAUAGCAGGUGAGAGUGGGCCUGUGAGGCUAGCUGAAGCUCUUAGAAAUCACAGAGGGCCCAGAACAACCCAGUCGGGAUUUAUGAGAGCAGCCCAGACAGUGCUGGAGAGGCUGCUCUGGAGAGAUGCUGGGUCCAAAGGAAAACAAACAUGUUGUGCUGCUUUAUGGCAAGUGCUAGCAUGCUUCCCCUGGGUGACGUGGGCUGCACACCUUGGAGACUUGCGAAACUGGAGAAAGGGAGCUGUAAGAGCAAGGGUGGCUCUUUACCGUGGAGGGACAAGCUGUUGUCAGAGUCACGUUACCCAGUUCCCUUCUCAGCCACACACUUGACAGUGAAAGGAGCCUUUACCUAUCAUAGCAGACCUGGAAUCCAACCUCAGAAGGUAAUGCUGUUGGUCGAAAACGUGGAAGGAUCAAGCAGGCUUUAAAUUUUUGGACAAGAGAGCAUGUUGGUGCCCCAUGGAAGAUGUCCUUGAGAUCUCUGAGAAGAAGACCUGUUCUUUCUUGGUCCCACCACUAGAACGAUCUCGGGCUGGAUGGGUUAUAGAGCUGAGCUCCUGUAAUGGUGGUUCUUAACGUUAGUGAAAAUAAAAAUUUGAAGAACCGAGCCUUUGCAUUGCUUCCAUGUAUUUUCCAUUGACUUC